UUCAAGUUUCCUUAAACGGCAACCCAUAGUUGACAGACAUGAGCUAACCGGCUAACAACAGCUGGUAUUUUGUAAGAGGAAGUCGCAGAUAUUGCGAAUAGUAAUUGUUUUAUUUAAGUAUUUUGAAACUUAAUUGUAUUGUUUAACGUAAAAUUACUCCAGGGAAAAAUCUGAACUCUAUGAAUCUCGUGUUCUUCAGCUAGCGUAAAAAUGAUCGCGUUAACGGGAGAAAGUUUACCCAAACGACAACAGGAGCUGAACGCAAAGGUGAAGGAAGCCAUUCGAAAUGCAAUAAGUUUCAACGAUAUAAAAGAUUUAGAAGAGAAAUCUGACAUCGACAAGUUGUAUAAGAUUGAUGUAGCAUUGCGCAAUAAAAAUAUUGAUUAUAUUGUAGAGGUAUUGAAAUGCGGAGACAGCUUGUACGUGUCCAGAGCUCUGAAGUGUGAUUGGCUGUAUAAUUAUGAAUAUGCAUAUAUUAUCAACCCUGAUUGCUUACAAAAGGAAAUAUUCCCCCACAUGUCUCCAAAAAUCAAAACGAAAAUGAUUAAAACUAUAGCUGUUCAUAUUAAAAAUGAAACUAGGGCAGCUGCCUUCUACGAAUAUUUAAGAAGCCUUAAGAUUAAUAAAUUGGCAUUCAAAUUUCUUUUAUCUACAUCGGAGGCGUUUAAAUUGAAUGCUCUUAGAAAUAAUUUGAAUUACAUAGGAGAUUUCCUUGAACAUUUACCACAUUUAAUUGGUAAUUCAUUGACUCUUGCUAAGGCUUAUAUUUCGGAAUUAAAUUCAAGUUACAAAAAGGAAUUUGCAUUAAUACGACUUUCAUAUUUGUUUAAUAUUGAUAAUAACCAAUAUUUGGAUUUAUUUGAGAAUAAUUCGGAAACUAAAAUAUCCGAAAAAUUUGGAGGUAAAAUAUCUAAAAGUAUAAUGACUAAGCAUAAAGAACGAGUACUCAGGUCACCGCUGCUAUACGUUCCAAAAAUUAAAAAAUAUAUGUUACUUCGACACAGUACAACUGAGGAUGCAAAAAUAUAUAUUACUGCCUUCUUUCCAAAAACGCUCCAUGAGUUUUGGCAAUAUAAUUUUUAUAAUGAAUUCAAGUACAUUUUUGACUUAAUCCCAAAAACAGAAGUAUUUAUCUUUUUCAAAAGCACUUUUGUAUCUAAUUUUGGUAAUCAACCAUUUGAAAUGGAUGUUCGCUUCUAUCGGCAUAAGUAUUAUAAUAUAUUGUCUGUAGAAGAAAGAGAAAAAUGGGCUCGGCAACACAUAGAGAGAGGUGAAGAGUUAUUAGGGAGCAAUAACGAUUACAUCUGGUAUAUCGUAAACUUUGACGAAGCUUUAAAAGGAAUAAAGCAGUAUGUUCUCGUAGCUACAAAUCACAAAGAUCGGGACAAUAUGGUUAGUAUAUUAAUAGAAUCAUCUAGAAAUCAGAGAGAUUUAGAAAAUCUAUUCGAUUAUUAUUACAAGAGAUUUGUAAAUGAAAGUGAUAAUUCAAAAGAUGAAUUCUUAUCCAAAAUUGUAGAAAAAAAAAAUGUAUUAGAAUUUGAUGAUGCCUGUUGGAAAGCAUUCAACAAAAUAUUGCAUAGUGUGGGAGUGUAUAUUCACGGGUCCUUUUGUAAUCGUACAUUUAAAUUAGUAAGUUUAAUAUACAAUAUAAUACACGGUAAAGAAAUUCAUAGUGCCAUACUACAUUAUAUAGAUUCUUAUAAUGUAAUGUAUUGGGAUUUAGAACCUAUGUGUAAACGUUUAAAUAAAGAAGAAAGUUACAGAGUAUAUAAAUUCCUUCUUGACUAUUUUUGUAUGAAAUUUGAAGCGGUUAAUAACGAUAACAUAGAUUUCAUCAAACAGGAAAAAGUUAAAUUUGCUACUAAAUUGAUUGAUCUUUUACCUUUUUUCAAUAGAACAAACGUCGAUUUGCCUUUGAAUGUGCUAUCAUUUAUAGAAGCGAACAUCCAGGAAUUUCCCUCUUUUAGGCCAUUACAUUCACAUGCAGAAAGAAAAGAAAAAUUAACAGAAGUAAUUCUUUUGCGGAUGUUGAAGAAAGAUAAAAAUUUGGUCAGUAAUAAAGUGUCUGAAAUAAAAGAGAGCAUGAAUGAUAAUGUGUUAAGACUUAAACGAUUGAUGAGCAAAAUACGAAUAUACUUUUCCGAUGACCUUGCAAAUGACUUUGUUAAUUUGUUCACUGAUUGCAUAGAAAAUAACAUGUGCCAUAACAACUAUUCAAAAUCAAUGUUUAUUUCAAGUACUGCUGUGUUUGGUAUGUUCCAAUUAGCGAUUGAAGCUACAAAGUUAAAUUUUUUGAAUAAAUAUGCACCAAAAGAAGGAAAAAUUGCUCACGACGAGAUUGAUAGUAAUGUUUUAUUAAUUCAAGAACAAAUAUGCCGCUUUGCAUGUUACUCCCGUCCUCCAGUUCCGUUGGAAAGUAUCACACAGUACAUUAAAGGGGAUUAUAUUCAUUUUUGUUUGCCUAUGUUGAAUAUGUAUCUGGUAGGUUUACCAUCCUCAACGUCGAUUAAGUUAACAGAGUUUCUGUUAAAUAACCCCGUAUCAAUACAAAAGCAUGGAAUUCGUUUAGCAUUCCAUGUAUACAGCACUGAUCAUUUAAAAACAUUAAUACCCCAAAUUUGGCAAAGGACUAAGAAUGUAUCAUUAAGAGUAGUGAUUUAUAAAGGUCUUGUAAAGAAAAUUGCAAAUUCCUUGGAAACCAGUCAAGAUGAGUUGAUAGAUAUUUUGAUAUUAAUCACAUCGCGUUUAAUUGAGGACGAUCAAAAUGAAUUAUACGACACAAUGUUCACCAACGACAUACCUUCUAGAUUUAAAAAAUCUCUAUUAAGAACAGCUUGGAAUUCUGUACAAAAUUUUUCUAGUAACAAAACAAGAACCUUAACAAUCAAAGAAAGGAUACUGAGUAGAAUAAUAGAUUACUCACCGGACAGAGACUUUUUGAGAACCCAAUUGAUUGAUCAGCAUGUUAAUUAUAUGUUACAUGAGAAUGGUAUUAUACAGAAUCAUAAAAGCGAAAUGACACAAAUACAUGAUCAGCUGUGGCGUAUAACGUUUAAGUAUAUAGUAACUUGUAGCAACCAAAGUGAACUGGAGGAAUCGCUUACACUAUUACAAAUAAUUUUAGAGCUGCUGUUCAAACGUUGGAAUGUAGUUGUUGGUGAUAAAUUCGUCAUAAUUGAAUUCUUUGUUUAUUUCAUAAAACAACUAAAAGUAUCCACAUAUUAUUUGGAUAGUAAUAAUGAAUAUGUUAUCGCCAUAUUUGAACAGAUUCUCAAAAGAGUUCAAGAUUUUUUUCCAGCACAUGCAAUGUUUCGGACAAUAUUGGAUGUUAAACUUUACAUUAUGAUGAGGAAAAUAAAGGCUGAGAAUCCUACAGGGAUAGAACAAGUAGCUAAAAUCGCACAUAAGUCAUUGUUAUUGUUUAUACAAGAUUUAAGGGAAAAUAAUAAACUCUAUCCUAACUUACGGGGCGAGAUAUGCAGUGUUAUAACAGCUAGUUUGAGAACAUUGGCAACAAUGAUGAGUAUAAAACAUGAUGACAUUCUAAUAGCGUAUGUUUGUAACGAAAUUAUAUUAGGCGCAGAUAUGCUUAUAUAUAAGCAUACCUUAUAA